AGCAGCCUCCCUCAUCUGGAAACCGCCAAGAUGAUGGAGCUGCAGAUCGACGAGGUGGUGUACCAGGACGACUACGGCUCCGGCUCCGUCAUGUCGGAGCGCGUGUCGGGCCUGGCCAACAGCAUCUACCGGGAGUUCGAGCGGCUCAUACGCAGCUACGACGAGGAGGUGGUGAAGGAGCUGAUGCCGCUGGUGGUGAACGUCCUGGAGAACCUGGACGCGGUGCUGACGGAGAACCAGGAGCACGAGGUGGAGCUGGAGCUGCUGAAGGAGGACAACGAGCAGCUCAUCACCCAGUACGAGCGCGAGAAGGCGCUGCGCAAGCAGGCGGAGGAGAAAUUCAUCGAGUUCGAGGAUGCGCUGGAGGCUGAGAAGAAGGACCUGCAGGUGCAGGUGGAGUUUCUGGAGCUGCAGAGCAAACAGCUGGAGCUCAAGUCCAAGAACUACUCAGACCAGAUCACUCGUCUGGAGGAGCGAGAAUCAGACAUGAAGAGAGAGUACAACGCCCUGCACCAGCGCCACACGGAGAUGAUCCAAACGUACGUGGAGCACAUAGAGCGGUCCAAAAUGCAGCAGGCGGGAAGUCAAUCAGAAGGCCCCGGCUGCGGACGAACUCAACGCCACUCAUGGAGGAAAAGCAAAGCGGAGCGGCCGCCGUCGUUGAGCCUGUACCCCAGCGGCGAGGGCAUGGUACGUGGGGGUCUCGGGGGGGCUAGGAUGAUGCCCGGGAAAGACAUCUGGCAGGAGGACGGAUCAGAGUCCGACUCCGUGGCAGCGACGCCAAGCAGCACAGGCAGCAAGUCCAACACGCCCACCUCCUCCGUCCCCUCCGCCACCGUCACCCCCAUCAACGAGGGCUUCCUCUCGCACGCCAACUUCGACGCCGUGCGCUCCGGGAACCGGAGGAAAGGCGACAAGCGUCUCAGCCGGAACAUGGAGGUCCAGGUUUCCCAGGAAACCAGGAACGUCAGCAUCGGAAUGGGGAGCAGCGACGAGUGGUCUGAGUUUCAGGAGAUCAUUGAUUCCACCCCGGAGCUGGACAUGUGUGUGGACCCCCGUAUGUACGGCGGAGGAAGCAGCCCCUCUCAGGGCAUCGUGAACGAGGCCUUUGGCAUCAACACGGAUUCUCUGUACCACGAGAUCAAAGACGCCAAGUCAGACAUCAUCGGAGAUGUGGAUGCAGGAGCUGAGCUGCUAGGCGAGUUCUCAGUCCGUGAUGAUUUCUUCGGGAUGGGAAAAGAGGUGGAGAACCUGCUGACAGAGAACAAACAACUCCUGGAGACCAAAAACGCGCUCAACAUCGUGAAAAAUGACCUUAUAGCCAAAGUGGACGAGCUGUCGGGGGAGCAGGCGGUGCUGAGGGAGGAGCUGGAGGCGCUCCGGCAGUCCAAGAACAAGGUGGAUGCCAGAGUCAAAGAACUGGAGGAAGAACUGAAGAGGUUGAGAGCUGAGGCUCUUGGGGCGUCUCGGGACUCCAAGGAUGAAGGAGGAGACGACUUCUCAUCUCCGAUGCAAGACGGCGACAUGACGAUGACCCAGCGGCGGCGGUUCACCCGGGUGGAGAUGGCCCGGGUGCUGAUGGAGAGGAACCAGUACAAGGAGCGGCUGAUGGAGCUGCAGGAGGCCGUGCGGUGGACAGAGAUGAUCAGGGCGUCCCGGGAAAGUCCUCCGAUUCAGGAGAAGAAGAAAUCCACCAUCUGGCAGUUCUUCGCUCGUCUCUUCAGCUCGUCGUCCAGCCCGCCGCCCGUCAAGCGGCCGUACUACAGCGUCAACAUCCACUACAAGUCUCCCUCGCCGGCCGGCUUCUCCCAGCGCCGCAGCCACACCAUGUGCCAGAUCUCCACCUCCAACCGGACGCUGGAGUUCUUCCCCGAAGAACUGGCCAGUAACGGUGUUGCGUCUCUCCUCAGUGACUCGGCACUGUUGGCCCGCCGAGAGCAGCGGCGCGAACAGUACCGGCAGGUCCGGGAGCACAUGCGCCGCGACGACGGCAUCAUGCAGGCCUGCGGCUGGAGCGUGCCGUCCCGCUUCAAGCAGACUGGUGGUCAGACGGACAGCGCUCAGGACAGCCCACUGAAGAGACAACAGACCGCCAAUGAGAAAGAUGAUAACCGCAUGAAGAAUGUUCCCGUCCCAGUUUACUGUCGCCCCCUGGUGGAGAAAGACCCCAACAGGAAGCUGUGGUGUGCAGCAGGGGUGGAUCUGACGGGCUGGAGGGCUGGCAGCCAGGACUCGGCACCAGCUAAAGCCUUGCCGAGCGGCAGCGACCCACUGCAGGCCGAGGAGGACGGAGGCGACAAGAAGAGCAGCCACACGUCCCCCGAGAAGAGGAAGUCGAAGGAGCUCCAGGAGACGGACACCAUGAACAGCCGCGUGUGGAUCCUCACCAGCACCCACUCCGCCAGCAAGGUGGUCAUCAUCGACGCCAACCAGCCGGGAUCGCUGGUCGACCAGUUCAACGUCUGCAACGCUCACGUGCUGUGCAUCUCCAGCGUACCAGCCGCCAGCGAGAGCGAUUACCCGGCAGGAGAGAUCGUGUUGGACCCAGGUGACGGUGGAGCGGGCGGCGGUGAGGACGCCGGCUCGGUGGAGGGCAUGCUGGCGGGCAUCACGCUGGUCGGCUGUGCCACCAACUGCAGCGUCGCCCGCAGCAACUGCUCCUCGCGCACCGACACGCCCAUCAUGGACAAAGGCCAAGCUCCCACAGCUCCACCCAUGAACGGGAAGAUUCACCCCGCCCAGUCCGCAGAGGAGGCCACCGAGGCCACCGAGGUCCCCGAGUCCACGGCCAGCCAGACGGAGAUCCGGUCCGGACCGCCGGGGCCGUUUACCGAGCACGUCUUCACCGAUCCCCCGCCUCGCCCUGCAGAUGCCUCCGACCGGAGCACGGGCCACUCCAAGGAGGAAGCGUCUCAGCCCACAGAGUCAGAGGACGGCGGCGAAGAGGCCAAAAACUACACCAGCGUGGCCCCCACCAUGUGGCUCGGGGCCCAGAACGGCUGGCUGUACGUCCACUCAGCUGUUGGAAACUGGAAGAAGUGCCUCCACUCCAUCAAACUGAAAGACUCGGUGCUCAGUCUGGUGCAUGUCAAAGGUCGUGUGCUGGUUGCACUGGCCGAUGGGACCCUCGCCAUUUUCCACAGAUCGGAGGAUGGCCAGUGGGAUUUGUCCAACUACCACCUCAUGGACCUCGGCCGGCCUCAUCACUCCAUCCGCUGCAUGGCUGUGGUUCACGACAAGGUGUGGUGCGGCUACAAGAACAAGAUCCACGUCAUCCAGCCCAAAAGCAUGCAGAUCGAGAAGUCCUUCGACGCUCACCCCCGCCGGGAGAGCCAGGUGCGGCAGCUGGCGUGGCUCGGCGACGGCGUGUGGGUGUCGAUCCGGCUGGACUCCACCCUGCGCCUCUACCACGCCCACACACACCAGCACCUGCAGGACGUGGACAUCGAGCCGUACGUCAGCAAGAUGCUGGGUACCGGCAAGCUGGGCUUCUCCUUCGUGCGGAUCACGGCGCUGCUGAUCGGCGGGAAUCGCCUCUGGGUGGGAACCGGAAACGGUGUGAUUAUCUCCAUCCCCCUGACAGAGACGGUGGUCCUUCACCGGGGACAGCUCCUGGGUCUGAGGGCCAAUAAGGUGUCUCCUACCUCCUCGGGCGGGGUGAUCCACGUGUACAGCGACGACAGCUCGGAGAAGAGCAGCGGCAGCUUCAUGCCCUUCUGCUCCAUGGCGCAGGCUCAGCUGUGUUUCCACGGCCAUCGCGACGCCGUCAAGUUUUUCGUCUCUGUACCAGGCAAUGUCCUGGCCACCCUGAACGGCAGCGUGCUGGACAGUCCCUCAGAGGGUCAGGGCUCGGCGGCGCCCACGGAGACGGAGGCGCAGAGCGUCCAUAACGUGUUGGUGCUGAGUGGGGGAGAGGGAUACAUCGACUUCCGCAUAGGCGACGGUGAGGAUGACGAGACGGAGGAAGGAGAGAGCGCCGGGGCCUCCCAGAUGAAACCCGCUCUGAGUAAAGCCGAGCGGAGCCACAUCAUCGUCUGGCAGGUGUCCUACGUCCCCGAGUGACGCCUCACCGCCGACACGCCCAUAAAGAAACCUCCUCCCACCCGAAACAGCUUCCGGCCACCCAAACCCGCCUUGUAAUUAUCUCCCGGUCAUGUAAAAGUCUCUAAACCGACCCCUCAAGCCGUGUAUCGUCCCCUGUAACUAUUCUAUCCCCUCCCGCCCCGUCGCCCUGUAACUUUAACGCCUUGUAAGUAUCCCCCCUCUUAACUAGUACUCUGCCUGAUAUCCCGUCUCUGUCCCGGCCAGGGGAUUGUAACUAUCUUCAUGAGCCUUGUAAUCCAGCCUCAUAACUACCUCCCUCCUCUGUAUCGAUCUUGUAUCCACCCUGUAAGCACACUGUAUCUCCUCCUAUAUUUACCUCGACUGUCUUGCAUCCGAGAGCUACUCCUUACGUGCCACCAUUUAGUUUGUCAUCCACGAGAGCGACGCCUCAUCGUACAGCAAAGCCCCCCCCGCCCCAAAAAAAAAAAAAAAAAUAUAAGAACAGCAGCAGAUACAGCAACGCGAAUGACAACACUGACGAGCAUUUUCUCAGAUUUUAACAGGAGCGGAAUGGAUGCAGGUGUGGAUCAAUGAGCAGACGGAGGUCUUGGUUCGCCUUUAAAGUACUUUAGUUGAUGGUUAAAGAUUUGGCUGGAAGAUGAGUAGACUUGAUUAACAUGAGAAGUCAGAAUUAAUCCCGAGGAGACAAGACGUCCACCAUCACAGCACAGGAGGCGCGCGGCACGCAACACAGACGUAGAUCAGAGAGACGGAACAACGCCGGCGUCCGGUCAGACGGGGGUCGAGUUCAGUGUGUCCAAAUUUUCAGCCAAAUACUUUGUUCUCGUCGAUGGGGCGAGUUGAUGCGAGGUGGGAGAACCGUGGCGAGUUGUCAUCGUUUGUACAGGGAUUUACUGUAAAAUCUCCAGAAGCACUGAAGCUCAUCCUCUCUGUUCAAUACAGACAUUCUUGCAUUGAUCUCUUAUGUAUGUGGAUUAAAUAUUAAACAUAUUGUGUGCCGAGAA